AUAUAAUAGAACACAUUAUUUUUCAAGAAAAAUGUAUUGUAUAACGCAAAUUCUAUUUGUGUACACGAGUAACAACUUCAUUUAUUUACUAAUAAUACCUACUUGUGAAAUUAUAUUAUGCACUAUUGUAAAAUCAUAUUAUUAAUAUUAUUAUAUGGAUACAGCUUUACAGAACGGAGCUUUAUGGACUUGACAUCAGUAGAAAUUUCGUUCGCUAUUUAAUUCUAUACGAAUAAGUAAAUUGCAAGAGAAUUUAGUUAUGUGGUGACAAUAAUUGAUUAAAAUGACUUGGUAGCAGUUGUAAGUGCAGAAUUUGUACGCUGUGUGGUCGAAUAAGCGACGAGGCACCGUAGCGGCAGCUGGCCGCCAUGAACCGGUAUGUGGUGUUACAGCAACUCGGCGACGGCACGUACGGGUCAGUGGUGCUCGCACAGCGACGAGACACCGGCGAGAAGGUGGCCAUCAAGCGCAUGAAACGCAAAUACUAUUCUUGGGACGAAGCGAUGAAUUUGCGUGAGGUUAAAUCUUUAAAGAAGCUUAAUCACGCUAACAUUGUCAAACUACGAGAGGUCAUACGCGAGAAUGACACUUUAUACUUUGUAUUCGAGUACAUGCGCGGCAAUUUGUACCAGUUGAUACGCGACGCGGAGCGACCAUUUCCUGAGCCGGUGCUGCGCAAUAUCAUAUACCAAGUGUUACAGGGCCUUGCGCACAUGCAUCGACAUGGUUUCUUCCACCGAGAUCUGAAGCCCGAGAAUUUGUUGUGUUGUGGUCCCGAAUUGGUGAAGAUCGCUGAUCUGGGUUUGGCGCGCGAGGUACGCUCGCGGCCGCCCUACACAGACUAUGUCUCGACGCGUUGGUACCGCGCUCCCGAGGUACUGCUACACGAUACGCGCUAUGGCGCGCCCAUUGACUUGUGGGCGCUCGGCUGUAUCACUGCCGAACUCUACACGUGUCGUCCGCUGUUUCCCGGCAACUCUGAAAUCGAUCAGUUGCACAAAAUCUGCGCGAUCCUGGGCACGCCCGACCGCGACGAUUGGCCCGAAG